AUGUCGACCCAGACCACCAUCCUCUGCGGCGUCAACUGCGCCUGCGCCCCUUCCUCCAACACCCCCGCUGCGUCGUGCGACGCCCGCGAGAGCUGCACCUACGCCAAGGAGGGCAAGUGCGGGUGCGGAGAGGGCGGGUGUAAGGCUAGUCAGGCGAAGAAGGGGUGCCAGAGGGGGUUGAACGGUGAAUGCUCAUGCCCCGCGGGAACGUGCCAGGCCGCCGAAUCCGCGCGCGCGAACUGCGACCAGUGCAAGAACGGGCAAUGCGACUGUGCGCCCGGGCAGUGCAAAGCUGCUGGCUUUACCGCUUGA